AUGAAGAGUCCAUACUGCAAACUGGAAAUACUGAGACUGAGUGGCUGUGACCUGUCGGACAGAAGCUGUGAAACACUGUCCUCAGUCGUGAGUUUCAAGUCCUCUAGUCUGAGAGAACUGGACCUGAGUUACAACGACCUGAGGGAUUUUGGACUAAAGCACCUCUUUGCUGGGAUGAAAAGCCCAUACUGCAAACUGGAAAGUUUAAGACUGAGUAGCUGUAACCUGUCAGACAGAAGCUGCAAAACUAUGUCCUCAGUCCUGAGCUUCGAGUCAUCUAGUCUAAGAGAGCUAGACCUGGGUUACAACAAUCUGCAGGAUUCCGGAGUGAACCUUCUGUUUGCUGGGAUGAAGAGUCCAUACUGCAAACUGGAAACGCUAAGACUGAGCUGCUGUAACGUGUCAUACAGAAGCUCUGAAGCUCUGUCCUCAGUUCUCAGCUCCCAGUACUCUAGUUUAAAAGAGCUUGACCUGAGUAACAACAACAAGCUGCAGGAUUCAGGAGUGAAACUCCUUUUUGCUAGAAUGAAGAGUCCAUACCUCAAACUGGAAAUGCUAAGACUGAGUGGCUGUAACCUGUCAGACAGAGGCUGUGAAGUUCUGUCUUCAGUUCUCAGCUCCCGGUCCUCUAGUGUGAGAGAGCUGGACCUGAGUAACAACAGCCUGUGGGACUCAGGAAUUAAGCUUCUAUUUGCUGGGAUGAAGAGUCCAUACUUCAAACUGGAAAUACUAAGGUCAGGGGAAAUCGAGUUUGGGAGCACGGUCCCCGAAGGGGGGCCGGGCUCCGGUGCACAGACCAUACCUGCGCCCAUCUCAGGUCUCCAGAGACCCCCAGCGAAGCUCCAGGCGGGGUCCCAUGGAUGGGGUUGA